AUGGUCGCCAUCAAGAAGAAAAAUCUGAAAAUGUUUACGCUUGCCUUAUUGUUUGUCAUCACGAUAACGUCGUUCUUGCUGAAUUACACUCACAGUUCGGGGAUGGUCACCUGGGAUCCCAAGCAGAUUGUCAUGCAGUUAAAAAAACUAAUGAAAUACCCCCAGAGACCAUGCAGCUGUAAUUCAUGUGUUCCUGAGCUGGGACUUUCCUUCUGGUUCGAUGAGAGGUUUAAUCAGACUAUUCAGCCUUUCCUCACCACUCGGAACACCUUCAUUCCAGAAGAGAGCUACAAGUGGUGGCUGAAAUUGCAAGGAGAGAGCAAUCCUAAAAAUAUCAAUGACACUAUCAAGGAAUUGUUUGAGAUCAUUCCCGGUGACGGGGAGCAGCUGCUGGAGAGAGACGCCUCCCGGUGCAGAAGGUGUGCCGUCGUGGGGAACUCCGGAAACCUUAGGCAAUCUCAAUAUGGCCAAGAUAUCGAUGCCCACGACUUUGUGCUCAGAAUGAAUCGCGCUCCAACUGCCGGGUUUGAAUCGGACGUCGGAAGCAAAACCACUCACCACUUAGUUUACCCCGAGAGCUUCCGAGACCUGGCGGAAAAUGUCAGCAUGAUUGUGAUCCCCUUCAAAACGCUGGACCUGCGCUGGAUUGUCAGCGCGCUCACCACGGGCACCAUAAACUUCACAUAUGUUCCAGUUCCCCGUAAAAUCAAAGUAAAAAGAGACAAGAUCCUGGUCUAUCACCCAGUUUUUAUCAAAUAUGUUUAUGACCACUGGCUGCAGAAUCAUGGAAGAUACCCCUCGACAGGCAUUCUGUCAGUGAUAUUUGCACUCCACCUGUGUGAUGAGGUGGACGUGUACGGUUUUGGAGCAGACAGCAAUGGCAAUUGGCAUCAUUACUGGGAAAACAACGCUUCUGGGGGGGCUUUUCGGAAAACCAUGGUCCAUGAUGGGGAUUUCGAGUCCAAUAUCACUUUGACUCUUGCCUCUAUUGACAAAAUACGUUUUUUCAAGGGCAGAUGA